GGGGCCGGGGCCGCCGCCGGCUGAGGGAGGCACGGAGCGGAGCCGCCGAGGGCCGGGGCCUUGGACGCGUCCGGAGGAGGAAGAGGAAGGGGGGGAGCCGGCCCCUCUCGGAGCACGCAGCCCGCAUCCGCCUGUGGAAGGGAAGAGGAAAGCGGAGGGGGGGAGCGAGCGAGCGGGUACCGCCGCCGAGGAGACAAAGAAGCGGAGCCCGCCCGGGCUGGGAGCCUCCCCGCGCUGCUCCGCUCCGCCCCGCCCCGCUCCCACCGGCCGGGCCGGGCCGAGUUUCUUGCCUGGCUGUGUGAUAGCGUUAAGGAAAGGUGCUUGCGCUCAUACGUGUCACCUCACAUCUACUAUGUGCUAAAGAAGAGGGACAAGAAGUGUGUUCACUGUGGGGCCUGAAUAAGGAGGAACUGCAGAGAUAUGAAAGCAGAUAGCACAGCCUGCUUACAUCUGGUGCCUCUCUUCCCAAAGCAGGUGCACUGAGUCCCUUCCUACUAGGGUGCCAGCAGCUGCUGUAGGCCUCUCUUGGCUGUCUUUGUCCAGGUUACACUGGAUCAGCUCGAUGCAAAUCUGGGGUAGCAGUCAGACUGCAAGGCGGUGGGAGGAGGGUUAGCAGAAAGGGACUUUCUGCUUUUGCUGGGGUGAGCGGGUGUUCUGCUAGCAGGGCUGUGUUUAAAAAAUACGCUCGGUGGGAUUUUGUUUUCCUUUUUUUUUAGUGCUUUUUUGUGUUUUAAAGAAAAUGAACGGGAGUAAGCUGUUAAAAAUGAGUUCAGUUCUCUUGUGUUGUUUUUUUUUUUUAAUUCUUAAAGAAUAGUCAUUGAGCACAGAAAUUUUCCUUCAGAAUUAGAAUAGACCACUGCAGGGUAGGCAGCUUUUGGAAGGGAGUGGAGUUGAUUAAGUAUUCAAAAUGUAAGUUAAAUAUAUGGGUGUAAAUAGAAAAUUUUCUAACUUAUCCUUGUCAAAUUUAGGUUGAAUACUAAUGGCCUGGGUUGAAAAGGACCUCAAAGAUCAUCUAGUUUCAACCCCCCUGCUAUGUGCAGGGUCACCAACCACCAGACCAGGCUGCCCAGAGCCACAUCCAGCCUGGCCUUGAAUGCCUCCAGGGAUGGGGCAUCCACAACCUCCUUGGGCAACCUGUUCACCUCCUAAUAUCUAACCUUAACCUCCCCUGUCUCAGUUUAAAACCAUUCCCCUUUGUCCUAUCACUAUCCACCCUUGUAAACAGCUGUUUCCCCUCCUGUUUAUUUGCUCCCUUCAAGUAAUGGAAGGCUGCAAUGAGGUCUCCCUGGAGCUUUCUUUUCUCCAAGCUAAACAAACCCAGUUCCCUCAAUCUUUCCUCAUAAGGGAGGUGCUCCAGCCCUCUGAUCAUCACAGUACUUGAACAAAGUAAUCCUUUUUUUUUGUGUACUGAUUACAUUUUACUUAACUAUAUUGUAAAACGGUCCCUUCACAGACUUAGGACAGAAGAGAAACAAUAAAUCCAACUUGAACAUAUUCUACCCGUGGAGGGUUAAAUUGGUGUGUUACUCUGAAUUUCUUCAGGGCAUUCUGGACUAAUCAAACGUUUUAAGGAACAGCAAUAAAUUAAGCCUCCUGUUUAUCAAAGCCUGGCACUGAUAACAACGGAGAGGGAUUCCAGCUAUUGAUCGGCAUGACCUGGUUUUAAUGCACUGGGAGCACCUUCAGUGUAGCAUACCGUGUCUGUAUUUUUCCUUCCUGUUCUCAUAAUAGCAGUGUAUUCGUUACGUCUGUUUUCUUCUGCACCCAUUAUGUGUCCUAAGUUGGCUUCCAGUGCCAUCGUGGGCUGCUCCAGAUGAAGUCACUUCUGAUUUGACAUCCUACUGAUGCUGUGGAUGCCGCCGAGGAAAGUAUUUUUGAACCUUGUAAUGCAGAGGGAAGGAUACAUGGCUGUAUGGUAUGUUCUUGUGCUGAGUUGUGAUAGCUGUCAUGACAACAAAUCACAUGUUCAUUUCCUUGAAUGGAUGGUGUGCCUCCAAACAUACAAAGAGUGUUAUCAAAUUUGACAGGUCUGGAAUGAUGACAUGCCGGGGAACCCGGGGGCUUGGGCUGAAUGAAUGUUGCGCCUGGCUUCACAAAACCUAUUGCUGGUUCGUUCAGGUAGAAAAACAGAUGCCCCUUCAGGCUUUGUUUCUUGUUUCUCUGUGCUUUUUUUUUUUUUUUAAUUUGGUUUGGUGUUUUUUGAAGAGUUACUUGGGAAUUUCAGACAGAGUUUGUGAGAUGAACAGAAGAAAAAAAAAAAGCAUAUGUAGCCUUUGUGCAGUCACUUGAAAGAUCCCUAUGUUUUGAAUUCUUCCAGUGUUUUUAGUGAGAGCUUCAGGAAACCCAGAAGGACGAGUGUCCAGUAUUCUCUAGGUCAAGAACAGGCACUUUAUUUACUGUUUGCUUUCUUCAAUUUUUGUUCCUGCUGUCCAUCAGUAAGCGUGCUAACACCGCUGUGUUGGUUCUGCCGUGGAGAGCAGGGCGGGGAGCAGCUCGCAGCUGUAGAGAUGUUCUGGGAGCGGGGAUGGCGGCACAGAUGUUUUAUUUGUUCUAUUUUUGGCCUUGGCUGCUGCUUAUUCAUAAAGUUACACUUUCGGUUGGACAGCUGGAUUCGGUCUAACCAGACUCCAGAAAUCUUGUAAGGUUGAAUACAAACCUGUAAAUACUGACUUUCUGUAUUUUGUAUGGGAAUGUUGCCCUGGGUUAUAACCCUUAAGAUUCUAUCAUUGUCUGACUCAGGUGGUGUCCAGCAGCAGAUUUAAUGAAUGGCAGAUUUCUUCUUUCUUAAUUCUUUUUAUUUUGAGCUGUGCUUUAUUUUUGUUAGCAACACUCACUGUGCCUGUGCCACAAAUUAAUUACAAGUUAGCGUAAUUUAGCUGCUGAAAAAAGUAUCAUUUUUGUGUCCUUAGUCCUUCCUACCAGAGCUCCGUGGGAUCCUGUUGAUGCAGUGCCUUUAGUCCUGUAAGCUCACACAUAGCAUUUUUCCCACUGUGUAUUGAAAAGUUGUGAAAGUCCAUGCUAUUUUUGGCGCUUUGUGGUUUUAAUUAAGUGUGUUUUUGUUCCAGUCAUAAAAGAAAUUGGCUACAGUAUAUCUUGCUUAAAUUUGUUUUCCUUUAAUCAUUACACGUUGAAUACAAAAAUAUGUAGAUUUUUACAUCAAAAGAGAGUGUAAGGCAUUUAGACUAUAAACAUCACCUAGACUAUAAACUUCACCUUUUCAGAGGAAAGACUGAAAGAAAAAAUUGAUGAUUGGUAUCCUGCCUUUAAGUUUGUUGGCUGUGUUUCUGCUAGUGCUGCGGGGAUAACAGAAAUCAUUAUAUUGUGGACUAUUCAUAAAUUCACACUGUUUUGAAUUCCAUUUAAUUCAAAUAGAGAGAGAAGUUAAUGCUAAUAUCCCAAAUAAUUAAUGCUAUAAUAAAGGAUCUGCCUUCCACUUGACACUGAAUGACUUAUGUUCUGUUACAUCAAAAGACUUAAAUCACUUUGAGCAUUCAAUAUUAAAAAUCCAGUUCAUGAAUAUUAGAAAUUUAAUCAGAUAUCUCAGUAAGGACUGUGUGGAUUGUAUUGGGCUUAAACGUGGGUAAUAAUAAAGCUUGUGUUUAGUGCGAGUAUCAAAAUAUGACACAUCAUUUUUAUGAGCUCUGAGGCUCUUAAGGGAUGCAUGGGGAAUCAUAAUGAACUGAAAUGUUACAGACCUCCUGUAAUGGGGAUCUGCUGCAGUCUGAGUAGUGUUGUUAUUGGGGGCUCUCUGUGCCUUCUGUUGUUAGCUCUGCCUUGUAGUGACAGUUGUGUCCCACUAUGAUCUUCUCCAUUUUUGCUGACCUGAGAUCCUGUAUGUCUACUCAGUUCAGAUAUUCCUUUCAUCUGCUUGGAGUAUCAGGAAGAUUGGUUGUUCUGGCUCUCUCAAAGCCAGUCUGGAUGUGGCUCUGGGCAGCCUGGUCUAGUGGUUGGCAACUGUGCACAUAGCAGGGGGAUUGAAACUAGAUGAUCGUUGUGGUCCUUUUCAACCCAGGCCAUUCUAUGAUUCUUUGUCUUUGGUUUUGUAUCCCAGCUUCCCUGCUGUUACUGUGAUCCUGUGAAAGUGCAGGUAUGUGCUUAACUGCUGCUAGUGGUCUUACUGCAAUGCAUGUCACUAUCUACAAAAAACAAAGCUAAGCCUGGAAGUGUCUUCUCAAACAAGAACCAAAAUGGCUUUGCUGGUCAGCUAUUUGUUAGCUAUAUAUUUCUCAACUUGUCCAGACAAGUACGCUAAAUUGCAUGCUGAACUUCUGUCUGCAGUGUUACAUAGCCAGCUUACUUCUACAGGCACAAACCUAUUCAUUGUGUAUGACCUUACUCUAAGAAGUUACCUGAAAUCGGUGGGACUGCUGGUAGGUUAGCCUUGUUUAACACAUGAUAGUACUGAGAUACAAAAGAACAGAAAUAGAUCAAGCAGGAGUUGAUAGAAUGUCUGCUGAAGGUAAUGGACAUAGGAAGUUCCUCAUGGGUGAGAAGGGAUAGUUUAGUUUUGUAUUUAAUUUUAAAACGUGGAAACCUAGAAUUUAAAGCAGAAAAAGAUAAUGUAUGGAAGCAGAUGUUAAAAAUACAAUGCAAGAAAAGCCCUCAAAUGUAAUGAGGAUUAUAACGUCUGUUUUGGAAGAAACAAGAUGAUAUGUGUUAGUGCAGGCCAUUGAAAUAACCUGUUUUUAUAAUUCUUUACCUAUGUUUUAACUAUAAUACGGUGUCUAAUGGUGUAACUAGACUUAGUUUCUGUGAUAAAUACAUACUCAGGUUGUUCUUGUGAUUGUUGUUGUUGUUGUUCUAUUCUUUGAUUUUUCUUGCUUCUGGAUGGAUAAUUCCAGUGGUCACGUGGUUGGGCAGUUGGAUUCCUUUGAGAUAAUGCAGCCUCCGUACUCAUAGCUGAGGGGUGAUACUGUGUGUGACUGCAAAUUGUGGUAUCUGAAUUAAUGAACAUUGUCUUACUCUGCAGAAACGGCAUACGUACUAUGACUAAGUGUGCACAACAUUAGAAGCAGCUUGGUAUUCAGUAGAUUAUACAGUGUGAUUUGCAGCGUUACAUUCUUCAAAGAUUGAAAUGCUGAGUUGGAUGUCAACAAAGAGUGGAUGCGGAUAGUUGUGUACGUAACUUCAUUGGAGAGUCCUGCCUUUCACUGCCUGGAUCCUUUUAACAGUGUGCCAAAGAAGGACUCCAUGAAAGAUGACAGAAGAAGUUAUUGUUAUUGCAAAGUGGGAUUACACUGCACAGCAGGACCAAGAACUUGACAUCAAGAAAAAUGAGCGUCUUUGGCUAUUAGACGAUUCCAAGACAUGGUGGAGGGUAAGAAACGCGGCCAACAAAACGGGAUAUGUGCCAUCAAAUUAUGUGGAGCGAAAAAACAGCUUGAAGAAAGGCUCUCUGGUUAAAAAUCUGAAAGACACGUUGGGCUUAGGAAAAACAAAAAGAAAGACGAGCGCACGAGACGCCUCGCCCACUCCCAGCACAGAUGCAGAGUACCCUUCCAAUGGCAGCAGUGCAGACCGCAUCUAUGACCUCAACAUUCCUGCCUAUGUCAAAUUUGCCUAUGUGGCGGAGAGAGAGGAUGAACUGUCCCUUGUCAAAGGGUCCCGGGUCAUUGUCAUGGAGAAGUGCAGCGAUGGCUGGUGGAGAGGGAGCUACAAUGGACAGAUUGGCUGGUUUCCUUCGAACUAUGUAGUGGAGGAAGUUGAGGAGGCCACAGCAGAUUCACCGAGCUUCCUCAGCUUGAGGAAAGGCGCUUCCAUGAGUAACGGCCAGGGCACCAAAGUACUCCACGUUGUUCAGACACUGUAUCCAUUCAGCUCCGUCACAGAAGAAGAGCUCAAUUUUGAAAAGGGGGAAACAAUGGAAGUCAUUGAAAAGCCAGAAAAUGACCCAGAAUGGUGGAAAUGUAAAAAUUCCAGAGGGCAAAUUGGUCUUGUUCCUAAAAACUAUGUAGUAAUCAUUAGCGAUGGUCCUACCAUUAACACUUCCCAUCCACCUCAGAUAAGCUACACGGGACCAUCUUCUACUGGACGAUUUGCUGGAAGAGAGUGGUAUUAUGGGAAUGUUACCCGACAUCAAGCAGAAUGUGCCCUAAACGAGAGGGGAGUGGAAGGAGACUUCCUUGUUAGAGAUAGUGAAUCUUCGCCCAGUGACUUCUCGGUAUCUCUAAAGGCAUCGGGGAAGAACAAACAUUUCAAGGUGCAGCUCGUGGACAAUGUCUAUUGUAUUGGGCAGCGUCGCUUUAAUACUAUGGAUGAGUUGGUGGAACACUACAAAAAGGCUCCCAUCUUCACCAGUGAACACGGGGAAAAGCUAUAUCUUGUGAAAGCACUUCAGUGACGAUGAAGAUGGACUUGGCCACCCAGGCCCCUUCUAACUUCCAAGCCUUAGGUCCUAAAAUCACUUUUAUAGAGCAGAGCAAUAUCCGAAGCAGGCUUAAAGAGUAGGCUCUUUCUAACGUGUUUGCUCUGUUGGUUGUUAUUUGUCCUUUUUCGUUUGCCUACUUUUGUGUUUCAGUUCUGUUAAUCUCAGAUCACCUCCCUUCAGGUUGAGAAGUUCACCUCUGUGGCCAUUGUAAGCACUCACUUCCAUGUCCGAGUUCUAAACUCCCCUCUUCUGUGUACGUUUACAUACUUAGCUCGGAUAAAGGAGGGGGGUUUGCAAUUCAACCCAGUGUUAACCUGUUCAAAUUGCUCACGCAGACAGACAGAACUCUUCAUUAAGAGACAUCGGGCACAGUCUGAAUGCACUGAGGCUGCAGCUAAGUAAGUGAGAUAUAGUAGACAUAACAGUUGUGGCUGUGAGUUCUGUAGCUAUAUUGCUUACCAAGUAGUAUAUUACAAAAACUCCUAGUUCCUAGAAGCACUCUUUACACUGUACUCUGCUAUUACAUUGCCUCUCUGACUCUUUGCAAAGAGUACACUAAUUAAAGCGUUUUGUAAUAGUACUUCUUAAACUACUAUGGUAAGAUUGUAGUAAAAGAAAACUAUCUAGUGUAUUUUGGUCUGUAAUUGCAACAAAGAGAAAUUUUAUUUGAAAGUUGAUUACUAAAGAGAGAAUCAUUGAAUUGUAAAGACUGAAUGUUCUGGUAAUCUACAACCAAAUGUGCCAUCCACAUAACGCUUUUUCCUCUUGCCCUUCUGCUUGUUUGAAUUAAACAAUUAUGUAUUUAAUUCUCAAAGUAAUAUGUAUCUGUAGCUGAUUGUUGACACUAAUACAGAAGAUUAAUAAAAACUGAUCAGGGGACAGGGUGGGGCGGGCUACCAACACUAUAUAUAUAUUUGCUUUACAGAAAGGAAUCUUCAGGUUUUACAGAGGAUGGUGUGAUUGGUAGGAAGAGACACACAGAAUGUUUAUGAAGAAAAUGCUUUUUUCUCUUUUCUUUACAUUUAAACUCCUUUAUGGUUUAAAUAUACAGACUUUAGAUGGCACACUCCUGAGACUGAAGAAGGGAUCUUGAGAUCUCAAAAUCUUGCGUACUCAGUUUUUUGGAUAUUGUAAUAAAAAAGGUAUUAUGUCA